AUGAGCUUGCAGUGUAGUUCGUAUUAUGGCCAGCUCGGAAGCCUAAGAGGUGAUUUUUACGAAACUGAAUUAUUUCAAUUAGGAAGAACAUAUGCAAACAGAUGGGAUGGUAUCUACCGUUUUUGGGCAUUUCCUUACGGAGCUAUAAAUAUAUAUAAUCCAGACGACAUUGAGACAAUAAUUUCGACCACGAGAUACAAUGAAAAGAGCGUGGUUUAUUCGUUUUUAAAGGACUGGUUGAAAGAAGGCCUACUUGUAAGCCAUGGCAAUAAAUGGCAUCAGCGCAGAAAAAUUCUAACGCCUGCAUUCCACUUCAAUAUUUUACGUGACUUUUGCAUUACAAUAGAAAAGAACAGCCAAUACUUGGUCAAUACUCUAGCGAAGGUCUCGGGAGAAGUGGUGGAUAUCAUCCCAAUUAUAUCUGAAUAUACUCUCGCCACCAUAUGCGAAACUGCAAUGGGUACACAAUUAAAUGAAAUAUCCACUUCGAAAGGAAAAAGUUAUAAAGAUGCGAUAUAUGAGAUUGGCCAUUUAGUCACUCAUAGAUUUGUUUCCGUGCUACUGUAUGCAGAUUUUAUGUUUAAUUUGUCAUCCUUUGGAAGGAAACAAAAAAAGCUUUUAAAUAUCAUUCAUAACUUCACCGCAGAAAUAAUAAAAGAUAGAGAAGAAUAUAUAAAUAAAAACGGAGUUCAAAGUUACGAUGUUAAUGAUAAUAGUGUAUUUGAAGACGACAUGUUUCUGAACAAGAAAAGAAAGAAAAGAGCUAUGUUAGAUUCAAUUAUUUUAGCAAAGCAAGAAGGUUUGAUAGAUGAUGCUGGUAUUCAAGAGGAAGUUGAUACAUUUAUGUUCGAAGGCCAUGACACGACCGCCGCUGGAUUAGCGUUUUUUAUAAUGUUGCUUGCAAAUAAUCCAACAAUACAGGAUAAAAUAUACAAAGAACUAAAAGAAGUAUUUGGCGAAUCAUCGCGGCAAGCAGACAUAGACGAUCUAUCCAAAUUGAGAUAUUUGGAUAACUGCAUCAAAGAAUCGCUUCGUCUAUACCCACCAGUGCAUUUUAUUAGUCGUCAAUUGAAUGAAACUGUCAAGUUACGCAAUUACACGGUUCCAUCGGGAGUGAUGUGUCAUAUACAUAUAUACGACUUGCACCGACGAGCAGAUUUGUUCCCAAAUCCUUUGGAGUUCGACCCUGACCGUUUCCUGCCGGAGAACAGCGUGGGUCGACAUCCAUAUGCAUACAUACCGUUCAGUGCGGGCCCUAGAAAUUGCAUAGGUCAAAAGUUUGCAAUGAUGGAGAUGAAAUCUACAAUUUCCGCUUUGUUACGGCAGUACGAGUUCUUUCCUGUGACCAAACCCUCCGAUUUACAGUUGAAGAGUGAUUUAGUUUUAAGAAAUUGUGGUCCAGUUUAUGUUAAAAUUGUAAAUAGAAAUAAAUAAUAUCAGACAAGAAAACAUACUGGAUAUUUUUAAUAUAUCUACAUUUGUAAGCAAAAAUAAAAAUAGAAACAAUUGCCGUAUGAGUUUAAGCGCGUCGUUUAAAACAGGCGAUUCAAUAUAAAAAAAUCUUGUAGGUAUAUUUGUUGCAAAACUUGGAUUAAACAUAUCGACAUGUUUA